AUGUGUGCCGCCGUCGAAGCCACGGAGAAGGAUCCCCCCACAGACCAUGCCGACAACCAUGCGGGAAAGAUGGAAGACGACAUGCUCACCGUGUGGUUCGAAGCUGCUCAGCUCUUCACCGACGAUGGCCAGCAGCGUGGAUUUUCAGGCUGCUGUGCGCUCUUCGACGUCGCCAAAGAAAGCAGGACUCCCGACCAGAAGAAGAAUGACCUGGCGGGGCCGCCCGUCUGCGCUGUGAUAAAGGACCUGGAAGGCGACAUGGUCGAGGAGCUUGUCGAAUACGCCUACUACACGCCUCUUCACGAGCGCAUCGGCCUGCACAACGUCGUCAAGGUGCUCGAACUUGCCGAGACGCUGAAUAUAAAUCGAAUACGAGCUCACUGCCUGAUGACCCUGAAACACAACCUCGAACCUGAGAACUGCAUCAGCGUUUACCACCUGGCCUGCAGCCGUGGGUACGAGAACCUCGCCAGCAGCGCCCACCAGUACCUGGUUCGGAACUUCGACAAAUUGUGGAAGGACAGCGCGCAGUUCGAGGCACUGACGCCGGAGGAGAUGCGUACCAUACUCGAAGACGACCGGCUGCACGCACCGAGCGAGGUGGAGGACACCUUCAAGGCCAUCCUCAAGUGGAUCUCCGCCGACGUGACCGCGAGGAAGAUGUACCUCGCCAAGUUCCUGCCACUCGUUCGCUUUGUGCGGUGCGGCUUGUUAGAGCUCGAGUACGUCCGCACCCACCCGGAAGUCGAUGGUGACGUCGACAUCCAAAAUAUCAUGCACGUCAUCAACCAGACGCUGACCGAGCCCUCGAUGGCGGUCGGCGAAGUCGCCGGCAUCGACCUGUCCCCGAAGUUGUGGCUCACGCCUCGCCUGCCCAAGGACAUCCUGUUCCUCUUCGGCGGCUGGGCAGAGAACGCCCCCACGAACGAGAUGCUCACGUACAACAACCGCUCCCACAAGUGGCGCAACUUUGGCAACCAGAGCACCGUGGCGAGGGCGUACCACGACGCCGCGGUGAUCGACUCGCGCAUUUAUUUCGUGGGCGGGUUCAGCGGCAACUGGGUCUGCAACACUGUCGCGUGCUUCGAUGUGCUCCAGGCCACGUGGAGUGUCAAGGCGAAGAUGGCGUAUCAUCGAUGCUACGUCAGCGUAGCCGUUCUGCAGGGCUACAUCUAUGCCAUGGGCGGCGUCGACGGGAACGACUCUCCAUUCACAAAGACGGUCGAGCGGUACGACGUCAAGGCGGACAAGUGGUCCAUGGUAGCCCACAUGAACGACUUGCAUGGCUUCGCCGGCGCCGGGACGGCUCGUGGGCGCAUCUACAUCGCGGGUGGCAUCGGUCAUGGCGGACUCCUGGACACCGUGGAGUGCUACGACCCAUCGACCGACGUCUGGACCCGGGUGGGAACAUUGUCAUCGCCCCGUGCCGGCCUCAAGGUGGUGGUCCACAUGCACACGCUGUACAUCAUUGGCGGAUACAACAGAACCGGACGACUCACCACCAUGGAGCAGUUCGACGUGAUGAGAGCUCGUUUCUCCGACCUAGCCAGCAUGCCCCGCCUUAACAGCAACUUCGCCGCUGCACUCCUAGAAGGCAGCAUCUACAUAAUCGGCGGCUACGACGGAGAGGCGUACCAGCGUUCAGUGGAACGGUACGACAUCGCAGAAGGAAAGUGGCACUCGGCGCCUCCCAUCCACGCCCGCCGCUCUGUGUCCGUCGCCUGCGUCGUCCAUGACAUCGCCGACCCAGGUACAGUGUAA